GAUAAGUGGCACAUUCGACACAACUGUGCUGUCUUUGGGGAAAGGAUAAGGAACAAGCAGUUCUAAUCGUUGAAUAUAGCAUCGAGCUGCGAUUAAUAUCAAGGCUCUUCAUCAGAUUCAUCUUCUGACAAUGGCGGAGGAGAAAGCACUCGAGAGCAGUAGCACAUUCAAGGGGGGUGAAGUACUAUUUGCUGGCGGCACUGACUGGGGGUUCAUCGGACGUAAUCUGGGCGGCAGCAAGAAAAAGGGAGACGCUGAUGAUGCCGGUCGCGCGGAGAAGUUUCCGAACUUGGUCAGCCCUGUACGGCUGAAGAGCCUUUUGGACGUGAAGGUACAAUUCAUCGCAGCUGGAAGUGCAUCUUGUCAUUGCAUCAUUGGCGAUGUAGAGGGCAGGUGCUACACAUGGGGCAGGAACGAGAAAGGCCAGCUUGGUCAUGGUGAUUUGUUGCAACGCAAUAUACCCACCAUCGUGGAUGGGCUGAAGAAUGUGAAAAUCGUUGGAGGCGCUGGAGGCAAACACCACACAACAGUGGUAUCUAGCGAUGGGGAAUCCUACUCCUUUGGCAGCAAUAAGGAGGGCCAAUGUGGCACGGGGACCUUGAAGAGCAACCCAAAGAAUGAAGAGCUGCUGCAGUCGCCAGUGAAGGCGCUGGUUUCCGGGUGCACGGCAGUGGCGUGCGGCGCUGAGUUCACCAUGUGGCUGUGUGAGGGCAAGCUCUACAGCGCCGGCUGCCCCCAGUACGGCCAGCUCGGCCAUGGCACCGACCACGAGUACAACGCCAAGGACUCCUCGGUGAAGAUCAUGUACGCGGCGCAGCCGACGCCGGAGCUCAUCAAGGGCCUCUCCGACAAGACCAUCCGCGUUGUCGCCUGCGGCCACAACCACACCCUCGCUCUGGACGACGCAGCCGCCGCAUACACCUGGGGCAAUGGGGGCUAUGGGCGGCUGGGCCACAAGGAGCAGAAGGAUGAGUUCUCGCCCAAGCAAGUGGAGGUUCUCAAGGGACGCAUGCCUGUUGACGCCAACUCCCCGGUGGCGUGCGGGGCGACGAGCAGCUUCUGCACGAUGAUCGGUGAGCAGCUGGUGUCCUGGGGCAAGCUCAAGGCCAGCGGCGACAACACCAUGUACCCCAAGGUCGUCUAUGAGCUGGCCGGCUGGAAAAUCCGCUCCAUCACAGCCGGUGCCUACACCUUUGCUGCCGCCGCCACCGGGGACACAGACAUCUCCACAAUCACCUGGGGCCAGGCGCAGCACGGGGAGCUCGGCUAUGGGCCAAAGGGCAAGAAGUCAUCAGCCAACCCUGACAAGUGCAUGGCGCUGGAGGGCGUGCACUGCCACCAGGUGGCGAUGGGCAUUGGGUAUGCGCUGUUCCUGGUGGACCCGGAGCACCCCAAGGUGAAGGAGCUGGAGGUCUUUGAGCCUGCAGAGGCCGUCAGCCAGGCAGUCAACCCAGAGGCUGAUGCCGGCGGCAAAGGGGCUAAGGGCAAGGCGAAGGCCGGCACCAAGCGCAAGGCGGAGCCUGCAGCAGGCGGCGCAAAGGGCCGCGGCAAGAAGGCAUGAGCCAGAGUUGCUGCCUCGCAGGAGGGAAGAUUUGGCAAACACUUGCAUUUGCAGGAAAUUGCCUGAAUUUCAAGAUAAAUUAAGAUUGCUCUGCGAUAUCUAAAUUUCCGUAAUUGUGGCGGGUUGCAUACUUAUUGUGGUGUUCAGACAGCAUGUGAGGUGAGAUCCUUGUACCCAGACACUUACAUUG